AUUCUCUUCCAAAUGCUCCACCAUCAGAUAUGGACUCAUACUGGGACGAGAUUGCCACCUAUUUGUAUAGUGCUUGGAAUUUUGCCUGUGUCACGGCCCGACCAGGCGCACGCAAGCACUGGAUAUCAGACGGAAGGGUGGCACUGCUUAAAUCUGGGAGAAAUAUCCCAGCCGGUCGCGAACAUAACCCGGUACGAAGAGUUAUCAGACGUCAAGUGAAAGGCACUUACUUUAUGAGUACCAAAUUUUGGGUCCAACUGCCCAACAGGCAGCAUGUGCAAUUGAAAAUCCAAAAAUCCCCAAUCUUCGGUUCACCGAACUCCUACUCCACUCUGUACUUUCAACGAGACAAACAUGGUCAAGUGUUUCCGUUUGCGUCCAACAAACUGGAUCACUGCUUCUACAACGGAACUGUCCGACAGAGUCUUAACGAACCAGACCUAGAGUCUUAUGUUGCUGUUGAUACCUGCCAUGGAUUACGAGGUCUAAUUGUGGUGGAAAAGGAGACUUUUGGUAUUUUGCCACUACAAUGCUCAUCGUGUCAACCAGGAUUGAUGCCUCAUGUUGCGUUUCCACAGGUGCCUAGCCCUAUUGAUCGUAAUGUUCCUUUGCCCGUGUUCUGGCAACCCACUGAGGUAAUGUCGCAUACCUCAAGACGAUUCAAGAAAUUGGGCGAGCAUAUUUAUCCCGUUCGAUUGGCUGUGAUUUUGGACCAUCAACUGUUUGUCACAUUUGACCGAAAGUUGGAAGGCUGUAUUCACUAUAUUGGUGCCAUCAUCAAUCAGGCCACGAGGUCUUUUCAAGAAACUCCGGUGGAAUUGAAGCUGGUGCGCUCAGAAAUAUGGAAUCUUGAAAACCGUAUUUCUUUAAACUCCAGCAUCAAAGUGACUUUGAAUAAUUUGGCGAAUUACUCUAGUCGGCACCCCCGGCGUCAUCCUCCUGGUAACGGCACGACUUCUGUUUUUGUUGGCUCAGACCAGAAGCAUAGUCCGGUACUGCGCUUGCACCGCCGUGCAAUCUCUAAUGCAGUGUCCGAUGUUGCCGCACCCACUCUAGAAUCACAUGACGUGGAAGUAUUGUUAACCACGACGCAAUUUACCGAAGCGGUUGAAUAUUUGGCCGUUCCGGACAGCAUUUGCACCCCACGGGCAUUGACAGUCAUUCAGCGGAUUAAAAUCUCAGGUGUUGUGGUGGUUGCUGGUGAUAUGAACGCCCAGGUAGGUAGACCAAACGCUGCUGAGCCCCGAAUGGAUUGUCGUCUUGGAUUGGACACGAGACGCAUGACCAACGGGGACGGAUUCCUCCAGAUAUGCGCCGGUCACAGACUUCCUUUGCGGGACCAAUUUGACUCCCUGAUACGCAGCAAAGCUGGGUGCAGUACUUCGAUUAUCUAUUCCACUGGCCACCUGCUAACUCCAAUCAAGAAUCCUGGCCUUCAUCAGAGAGAAGUGUCUGAGUGUAAAUCUUUACUCAAGUGGCACCGUGCUGCAUGUUCUGACAACCUUCCAAGUGCUCUUUUCAAGGAUGGCGGUGAACUUCUUGGCCAGUGCCUGUCUAGCCUAUUUGGUUCUAUCUAUCUGGAGGACACCGUCCCAGACGACUGGGGUGAAUCGGUAGUAAUGCGCAUUUUCAAGAAGGGUACUCGCAGUGAAUAUAUGACCUGGCAGAAGGGCACGAAAGAGAUCGGAAAGAGUUUGGGUGUUGAGGGUGUUGUUAACACAUCAGAGACGGUUUAUCACAUCUCACGGCUUCUCACCCUGGCAGUGGCUGAAGUGCUUGGUCUUAAGUCAUUUCCAUGUCCUGACUAUUAUCGUUGUAACUCGGAUGAUCUACUUUCGAAAGGUGACAAAGGUCGUGUUCGAUUGGCACUGCUAACCGGGAUGUCGGAUUGUCUGAUUGCAACCAGCGUUCAGGAGGCCCUUCAUCUCCGUGUGGACACCUGUGGCAAUGGUGAAUUGGAUCGUGGUGAAGAAUGUGAUCUUGGUCCUGGAUUAACAACUUCACUCAAUCACUCGAUGCCUUGCUGUAAUCCAAACACAUGUUUGGCUGACAUUGGUGCUGUGUGUACACAUGGCACUUGUUGCAACCAAUGUGAAUUUGUCGCCCGAGGCACACCUUGCCGAGUCGCGAGGGACCAGUGUGAUUUGGCAGAAUUUUGUACCGGAAAGCAACCGAAUUGCCCAACAGAUCUGUACUUGGAAAACGGUUCUCCCUGCAGAACCCAGCCUUCCGGAGUCCCUCUCGUGAAACAGCAACCACACCAGCUUCAGACAUCGACCGUAGACGAGGCGAAUGCUUUGUGCUAUCAUGGUAGAUGUCCAACACGUGAAAGUCAAUGUCAGUCAAUCUGGGGACCAGACGCCAUGAAAGCUGCCGACUAUUGUUUCGUGUUACAAAACACGAGAACAGCUGGUGCUUGUGGAAUACAUGGCGAAAACUGCAAGCCUGAACAUACCAUGUGUGGUCUGUUGCACUGUCAAGGUGGCCAACCACGCCCUGUUUCUGAAGAGGCCCAAGCGGGUCAACCCUUUCUGACGUACACCGAACAUGAAGGCAUGCAAUUUGAAUGCAAGUAUCUGUCCCACGUUUCCACGGUUCGGUUCGUUCCUGAGGGCGCCGCGUGUGCCACCAACAAGUACUGCUUCCACCAACAAUGCGUAUCGCCAAAUGUCGCCUUGCGCUCGCAAUGCCCGGUAGCACCCGUCACGCGACAUCUGGAUGACGGCCGAAUAGUGGUUGAAAAUGUCACCUGUUCGAAUCAUGGUCUAUGCACGAACGCUGGGUUUUGUCUCUGUCAUCCCGGAUGGACCGAUUCAGUAUGUCAUGUUCCAGAUACCACGGGUUCAUCUUCUGCGAAGUCCAAUUUCCAGUCUGCUUCCAGUGUUUUACAUUCGAAUUUGCAUCCAGAGCAGGACUUAGUAGCACUAAUCUGGGCCUACAGAGAAGCUAUGUCACGUUCUGGUGCGGCAGCUGGUCCUACAAGCGGAGAGCUAUCCGAUUCCAACAAAACCCAAAUGAACACAGUCUAUCUGGUUGCCAUCCUCGGUUCAGUUGUCGGUGGCGUAUUUAUCUGUCUGGCUAUCUUCAUGCUGGUUUAUCGUCGGCGAGGACGAGCGGGCUUCUCACGUAAGGCUACGAAGUCACGUUGUUGUUUGUGGUCCCAAGAACCUCACAAUAUGGGCACAUCGGACAGUAAAAGGAACGGGUCACUUAGACUUCAUAACACCGCUGGCGACGGACGGGCACUUCAGUACGCAGCCUUGUCUCCGACGGCAGGGCGCUCUUCACACGACGAAACGGGCAGAUCAGGAGGUCUAGAUCGCUCCUACCUAUCUCGCUGGACUAGACACGACCGCCAGGCGUCUCCAUCAGGUAGAUUUUCUCGGCGUCAUGGAGGCCGACGCGUGGCUUCUACUGAGAACCAUCGUGAGCAUCGAAGAUCAGGUCGACGUCGCCGAAAACAUUGUGAUAGAGAAGACAACGAAUGUGGCGAAAGGUCUCGUUGUAGCCGAAGGUCUGGGAAGCACAGUGACGGGAGCUUGGGUCCCGGAAGGGGACGACUCAUCGAACCCGGAUUAACUAAUCAUUCGGAUACAGAGUUGGCUUGUAGACAGCAGCUUUUAACGGAAUUCGAGAACAACAGUAUCGAUAGGAGUAUCAAAUUUGGUAGUAUGCCUUCCUACAAAGAGGAUAAACUGAAACAGACAAAACGUCCUCUGGAUGAUGGUCUGACUGGUCCUGAAGCCACAACAGUUGCACCGCUUCUCGUGCAUGUCGCUGUACCGAUGACCGCAAUAAAUCCCAGCGAGGAUUUCUUGCCAACCGAUCCAUGUACAACCCUGAACGACCUUGCUUCUCUCCGGCCUUGUGGGAUUCCCUCUUUUCUGACAUCGUGUGCAUCCGGACCCGCUUCCACUGUGGCUCCGCCCCCUUUAUUUUCGCAUUCAUUGUCCGCAUUCGGCCACUCCGAUGUUACAGCUCCCUAUACCUGGUCAACAUCCACUUCAGCGCCUGUCCAACAGUCGGCAAUGUGCUCCACUGCUGCUUUGGUCGAAUCCGGGAGCGCCGGUAUGGCUUCAACUGCUACUGUUGCAUCCAAAUGUGCCGUCCCCUCGGCUACACCGAAAGAUACGGAGAAUAUGGAUGAAACCCAGUUUAGUAUCAUAAUGGAGAACUCGUGGCGUCAGCCGGAGAAAGGGAUACUGAAGAAUAAAAACGAAGGUGGGGUUCCUAAUUCGACUGGUGGCAACUCUAAUCGCGUCAGAAAAUCCUCAGAACGAGCACGUCGACGAGACGAACGUCAUCAUCGCCGCCAUCGUCGCCACCAACACCACCGCAGCAAACGUUCUCGAUCGCGGGACACCAGCGACAGGGAUCAUCCUUCCGAGGACGAUUGCGGUGCCAGUCGCGGAUCCUUGUGUUCUGAAUGCUCGUAUUGUAUGUGCGAGCGUGAUGAACAACAGGAGACAGAUCGUUGCCACUCUGUACCUGCGACUGAUCAACAUCGCGUGCGGGAACGUAAUCCUAUCAGUUUAGAUCUGAACAGCCAGCACAGCGGAAGUUCUUCGGGAUCUAGUCACUCUUCCUCUUCCUUUUCGGCUUUGGAUACGAACUUGGAUUUGCUCAGCUCCUCAAGUUCAACAACGAGCACUUGCUCCACGGCGUUAGAGGUGGGACCAGAUGGAGUCCGCAUUCGCCGAACAGAUGAUCCAAUAUCAGACCGUCACCAGCGAUCAAGCGGACGGAAAUUCUUGACACGAGCACGGCGGGAGCAAUACCGGAUUCGGCCGAGUUCUGAUGGUGAUCCUGGCCAGUGUGAGCAUAGACCUCGUUCCACACGGGAUAGACGUGAAUGUCGACAUCAUCGGCACUAUGGUCGACAUGGGAAGUGUCACAACCAUCGACGUCCUAUUCAUCACCGUGACUCCGAAAUCGAGAUUGCCACAACAUCCAGUUGUGGCGUUUCCAGCUCCUCCGGAACCGUCGGUGCCUUAGAGUCCCUAGGUUCUUCUUCAAGUACUAAUCCGAACAGCUCAGUUGGUCUUUCAGGAGGUUCUUCAUCUUCCUCUGGAAUGAUUUCGGCUACCGGGCGUCACUUUCAUCGGUGCCACAGACUCGUUCGUGCGAGAAAGAACACGGAUGAUGACGCAACAUCUGGAUCACGUCGAAGUAGUCCCGUGCAUACGGUACCCACGAUCUUAUGUAAUGCCGGUCAACAGACGGAUGAACUGAGCCUGUUGCGAGCCAGCGGGCUUGCAAUUAUCCCCAAGCAAGAUGAUUCAGAUCGCCUGACAAGCAACCGUGCUUCCAUUCGUGGAACUGAAGAAUCAGAUGCGGAGUGGGAGGAGGUGGAAUGCAGUGAAUCGGCCUGUGAAGAAUGUCAAGCAGCAGCUAACCAAACUGCUGGUGCCAAUCAGCACCAAACGCCCAUACUUGAACAAACUGUACCGGUCUCACAACGGUUCCCAGUCACCAACGGACACAUUUCCAUGAGCAAUGAAUCAUCAUCUGGUCACACAAAUCCAGCUUACAUGCAAUCUUUCAGACAAAAUGGCGAGGCAAACAUGUCUAACCCAAGUUUAGCCUAUCAGCAACAAUCUACGGCUUCUUCAUCUCUAGGUUCAUCAAAAAAUUCCCGAAUGGGAACACCAGCAAUGAUAUUCGCUGCACAGCCUACUGUGUUUUUAAAUGCAUCCAGUCAUUCACCUCACAGCAGUUCAUUGGCUGUGGGAAAUCCCAAAACAGGAGUUACAAAUCAGGCAGCAUCUUCAUCAUCUUCUUCUUCAAUGGCAGGUCAACCUUCCUCAUUCCAACGGAUAACUCAAAACUUAUCUUCAAAGGCAGUGACAUCAGAAGAGCCCGCCGGACAACAUAGUGAAACUGAGGUGGACGCCCAUUUACACCAGGCAGCUACAAAUGGACGUCCAUCGGGAGCUUUCUUCACCUCUAUUCCGCAGAACCCUCUCAUACCGAACGCAAUCCAACCUUUUAAACAAGUCAGUCAGGCAUCGACCGCCUCGUAUACGGUUAUGCCGACAGCUUAUUUCCAGCGGCCAAAUCCCGGGUUCGCUCUUCGUGAUGGGCUCCCCAUCCUAGCAAGCACAAAGACCCCAACUCGUCCAACGCCACACCCUGGGCAAAGUUACGCUGGCGGCCUGACACCAGUGCACCAGACCGGCGCAAAUCCCAUUAGUUACCAUGUUGCUUCCCUUGAUGCAGUUUCUACCGAUCAUAGAGAUGCAUACUACCAACACCCGUACGAAGAUGUAGCGACAGACGACUACGCGGAAACAUCCAGUAGUGGCCGGCCGGGAAUGCACCAUGUGCAGCACAUAUAUCAUCAACACGGUAUUCCCUCCGAGCCGAUCGAUGUAAAUGGUUGCAUUUACACCAAAGGUGAUGAAGAUGAGGAUGAAGAACGUUUGAGCCUUGACGAGGGCUCUUCCAACGCCAAUGGGAUCGGCAGUCCUGCAUCAUUACCAGGUAGAUAUGAUCCGAUCACACAGCAACAUGCCUCAAACAACCAUCCUCGUGUACACGAUUCCCGAUUGGUAAGGCCGAUUCAGCAGCACCAAGCUCAGUGGUUUGAUGGGUUCCGGAACACCGAUGCCUCUUUUGCCAUACCUGCCUCUCCAGGAGUACCCACUAUGACACAGUUUUCUGGGAUUGAUUCAGAUUCAGUUGGUGUCACCAAGCCUUCUACGUUGAGUGAUCUGGACGAUGCUGGUAGUGAGUUCAGCAUAUCUGCAUUCCGCAGGGACGACAUACGUAUUCCAUGUCAUCAGCCGCGCACAGCCAUUGGCGUUGGAACUUUGCAUGAUCUAGGUAAGCCACACGCGAAACCACAUACUUCAGCUCUGACCCCUGGAUCAGCAGAUUUCGGGGUGGAUGUGCGCAGCAACGACGGUACUUGUGAUGAAUCGGAUGCCAGCUCGCUUCCUGAGGCUGGAUGCGAUUUAGUCCAACUUGCACAGCUUGACGUUUCUGGCCGCCUGAAUCCUUUGCUCGGUGGCCUAGCUAGGCAACAACGUUGUAUGAACAGUAAAGGUCUUCGGCUACCGCACGAACCUGGGUCCCAGCAAUGGCAAGCGGAAGCAUCCAACGGUGUGCCACAGGCGCGUCCAGUAUCCAUGACGGCCCGGUACGCUCUUCUUUUCAACCGUACUUGUCCAGGGAGAGCACUCAGAACACUUCAACAAGUUGUAGAGCCGAUUUCCAACCACCAGAAGGAUGACCACCUGUUUCUCUUUGUGUCGUGUCCUCCAAGUAAAAGAGCCUUGUUAUCUCAUUACGAUUGAAAGGUGUCCACUUCGUUUAGUAACCAGGUCCGUUCAACAAUUUUCCGGCCGAUUUAUAAAUGCUGAGCUGCAGUCGUGUGCUCUUUUCUGUCCUCUCUUCCCAUCCCAAACGCUUUGAUUUUUAUUGAUGACAUAGGCCUUUGAAUAACCAAAUUUUAUUAAUUGCAAGUAUUGCUCCUCUUGCGUAUUUUCCGCACUUUUUUAUGAUCUCCUACAUGUUCGAACAGUUUGUAUUGUCUGUGCAUUUUUAUCAAAGUUUUGAUUUCCUGCAUUUGUAAAAAAAGUACUGGCUAACAGCAUAGAUGAAACCACAUGAUGACCUAGGAUAUUUGUUUCUUUUCGGAGCUUCAAAAUUGCGUCACGGCUGCUAUCUCCCUGUCUCUUGCACCCAUUGUAUACAGCAUUUUUAGGUUCAUCUGGAUUGUGCGAAACUGAAGACGUUUCUUUUUUCAAGCCAUAUUUCUCAUUUUGGAUUUCUAAGUAGACAGAUGAACAGAAAUGCUCAGAUUAGCUGACAACGGACCCAUCGCACAAUACACUUCCAGCCUGUGCUGACAUUCUGUUCCUCAUCCAUACAUGACUCUACAUUUCAAAUGGUUUGGGAGUACAACCGAACAGAGUGCAGUUAACUUCAUUUGUCCGUUGGUUGACGUCCUGAAAUCCUCAGGCUUGCGGAGC